CGUGAAAAACAUAUUGGACAUGGGAUAUUGGGGUUUAAAUUGAUUUCAGAUAGGACAGGGAUGCUUAAACUCACGGUUAUCCCUGAAAUUUACCACUGUAAGAGCAGUAAGAUUGGAAGGUAUUUUGAUAUAACAACUACUGACAAAUUGGGUAGUUAGGUUAUCACCAUUUAUUUCAUUGGCUUAAUGCCGAUUGAACAAAGAAUGUGUACGCAUUUUGUUAGGUGAUUCACUCCAACAACAAGUCUAGCCGUCUAAUCGAAUUGCUCACUACACAAUUCUAGCUAGUUAGAACGAUCUGUUGUACAAAGUUAGGUUGGCGGUAUUGAUCUACGCAGUCGAUACAAAGAUCUGGAGGUCCAUUGGACGCGAAGAGGAUUCGACUUAGCUACAAAAGAACCUUACAUCUAUUGAGGAAUGGGCAGUGAAAAAUGGUUCAAAACUAAACAAGUAUAAAUGUCACGUUAUGAACAUUCUGCACCACCUUACGUUAACGACUUUAAAACCUUGCUGUACUAGCUUAUGGUGCCAACUUUCAGGUUGUAACAAUUUCAUGCUCGUAUCAGAGUUCAAGAUAAAUAGUUCACUAUGUCUUUGGUAAAACGUAAACUUGAGAAUUGUGUAGGUUACUGUAAUAAACGCAACGAUGUAAUUUUCCUCGGGACUAAAUCAAAUCCUACCGUUAAUUUGGUUUAUUUUGGAGGUGAUUUACAGGAUUACGAAAACAAUAUGUGUCAAUGUAAUUUCAGUAACCAGUAUAUUAGAUGGAAUUUGGAAAAUACUGCCCGAAAUUUGUAUAUACGAUAUACCAGUCAUUUUCUUGACUGUAAUCCCCAUAUAUGGGUUAUUCGUGCUUCACAUUGGAUAUCUAGUUCAAUAGCUUGUUAUGUUAAUUUCCUGCCUUUUACGAAAUCAGGAGUGCCAUUAUUUGAAAAUGUAGAGAUCUGUAAAUUGACAGGAAUGAUGCAUUUAAGCUGUUUACUAUCAGACUCAGUUAAACAGUUGUUAAGUUGCGAAUCUAACAUACACUGUCAAAUCUCUGAUAUCCCUGUACGAUUGAUUGGUUUCAGCAAAGGAUGUUGUGUUUUAACUGAGUUAUUAUAUGAACUAUCAGUAAUAUUGCACUCUAGAAAAAUAUAUACUGACUCUGGGAAAGAUGUUCCUACACAAAUAAUGGAACUUUCUCGAAAUAUAACAGACAUUUAUUGGCUUGAUUCUGGACAUUCGGGUAGACAUCAUCAAUGGCCAGUUUCAGUUGGCUAUCUGUCUUUGUUGGAUCCCGUUUCAUGUCCCAUGAUACACGUCCAUGCUUCUCCCUACCAGAUAAUGAAUCAGUUAAAACCUCAGAAAUCGAAUGAUUUUUAUAAAUUUUUGGAUAUUUUAUCUCACUUAAAUCUACCUUUUAAGAAGCAGUUACAUUUUAUGCCUGUUGAUGUUGAAGAUUCAGAAUCAUCAUCUACCGAUUUAAGAUCAAAAAAUGAAAAGAUCAGUUCACUAGACUAUCAUUUUGAAAUUUUAAACCACUUUUUGUUUUGAAUCAUAUUUUUCGAAUAUGCUCAAUACACCAUCUGAUUGUCGCUAUUUUUUAAAAUGUAAAUAUUGUGAUUUAGUUGCUAUAUUUUCUUUAUUGUCACACCUCUUCCCAUUGUGAUGAACAAAUGCUCACCUACCUUCAUCAGUCAUUGUUAUUAUACUGAACUUUCAUAUUUUUCAUUAAUUUAGUCUUUCGCCAAUAACAUGUUGCAAAUUUUAUAACUUUCAUUUGAAUUGUUGUAGUUUGCCAAUAAAGAGAUCUUGUUCUAGUCGUGCUAUUUACCUUGUUCCAACUGCCUGCUUAGACUAAUGAAUAGCAUUUGAUGAUCUUUUUGGGUUAUCUUGGAUUGAUUGUUUUCAAUGAAUUUCCUAACACAAAACAAUACAAUUUGAAGGUGACUUGUUUACUGUCCAAUAUAUAUCCACAGUACAUUUUUAACAUUCAAUUGCAUUGAAAAUUGGUACAUUGUAUUUGGGUUUAGAGGUUCUUAUAUAACACUUCAUUUGAUCUUACUAACAUGGAACAUUCAGCAAAUAUCUUUUUUAUAUUAACUAUUUUUGGGGAUAUUUUUUGGAC